CCGUGACGUUACUCCGCAAAUCACACUCUCUGGGCCCGAUGGAGUAGCUGCAGUCAUCAGCUGUGCAUCACAUCUUGUUGUGAUAAACAAGUAAUGAACGACGAAAACACAUAAUUAAGCAAUGGAGGGAAUGUUGUAUAAGUGGACCAAUUACAUAAGUGGUUGGCAGCCUCGCUGGUUCGUGCUUGACGGAGGAACUUUGUCUUACUACGACUCCCAAGAAGAUGCCUGGAAAGGGUGCAAGGGCAGCAUUAAAAUUUCAGUCUGUGAAAUCCAAGUUCAUUCCUCUGACUCGACGCGAGUUGACCUGACCAUACCAGGAGAGCAGUACUUUUACCUCAGAGCCAUCAAUGCAGCAGAGAGGCAGAAAUGGCUGGUGGCGCUGGGCACAGCCAAAGCUUGCCUUACGGACAACCGAACCAAGAGAGAAAAAGAGCUCCAGGAGAACACAGAUGCACUAAAAACUAAGAUGUCAGAACUCAGAUUGUACUGUGACCUUCUUCUCCAGCAAGUAAACAAGAUCAAGGAGAAUGAUGAGCUGGGAGAAACGGCGGAGACGGGCCUAGACACUGGUAACAUGGUGAAGUCCACCUGCACUACUUUCCUUAAGACUCUGGAGGAAUGCAUGCAGAUAGCGAAUCGUACUUUCAUUACGGACAUGGCAGCACAGAGUCCACCAGGAACUCCCCCGAUUGCAGCCAUUAAACCCCAGAAGGUUAAACAUGUCAAUCAUUUAAAUCAGAACCUUGGAGAAAAGUGGAGAGAUUUGACCGAAACCUCAGGAGACGCUAUUACACAUGACAGCCAGAGCCUUGACUUUGGACCAGAGGGACCAGAGGGACCAGAGGAACCAGACGGACCAGAACAGCAUCCCUCCCUGUCGGACAUCGAAUCGGCCCAGGAGGAGCGCUCUGAGCCGACCUCACACACUACCCGUGCUGACGCUGAGGCCGAACGCGGCGAGGGAACGGGAGAGGAGGACGAGGGAGAGGACGGAGCCGCUGAUCAAGAGGAGACGACGCGAGAGCAGAAGCACAAAGCGGACCAAAGUCAAGAGGGCGGCGACGGCGACAGGGAAGCAAACGCUGUCCAGCCUCCACAUCAGCAGGAGGACGGUUCAGACCAGGAGAGCGAGACGACCGGAGAAGCGGCAGAAGACACAGAGCAGGUGGACACUUUCUUCAGCACAAUGAGCCACAGAUUUAGUGAUAUGAGACUGGAUGACGACAAUGGUAUCCCCUCACAAGAGUUUUUGGACUCAUGCUAUGCAAUAGUGCCUGUAUUAGACAAGUUGGGCUCCACAGUGUUUGCACCAGUCAAAAUGGAUUUUGUUGGAAAUAUCAAGAAAAUCCACCAGAAGCUGCUGUCAGACCCCGACAGCUACCCCACACUACAGUCCAUCGUGCUGCACGAGGUGCAGACGGACGUGGCCCAGGUGCGCAACUCGGCCACCGAGGCCCUGCUGUGGCUCAGGCGAGGCUUGAAGUUCCUCAAGGAGUUUCUGUCGGAGGUCAACGACGGAGCGCAAGACAUCCAGGGAGCACUAAAUAACGCCUACGGGAAAACUCUCCGGCGGUACCACGGAUGGGUCGUGCGAGGUGUAUUCGCACUGGCGCUGAGGGCCGCUCCGUCCUAUCAGAGCUUCUCCGCUGCCUUGGUGUCGAGGGAGGGCGACGAGCUGAAGAGCGGCUUCACCAGCGGCAUGCACAGGGACCUGGGAGUGUACCUGCCCGCCAUGGAGAAGCAGCUGGGCAUCCUAGACGCUCUGUACGAAGAGUACAACCUGGAGUCCGAUGAGGUGGUGUGAAGCUUAAACUGAAAAGCGACUCAAGGACGGACAAAGCCUGUCCAAAGCGGCAGGGCAGCGGUCAACUGCUGGAAGAAAGGUGCCCGGAUGCAUUUGUCGUGCGUCGUGUGUACAAAAUAGUGUGAGCAUGUCUCAUGUCAAGUGUGAGGUAUUUUAAGUGGUUUUAAGACCCUGCAAGAGUUUAGGGUCGAAGUUUGAAGGUGUUAACGUUUGUAUUCAGAGGCCCUCGAAGUGCAGACUAAUUAAGACGUGAACGUUUUGAAGAAGCGCAGAUUCCAGGUCUUGUUCAAAAGGCCGUCGGUGGCGUCGGGGGCUCCACACCCCGUUAUGCAGACUCCAACCAUAAUUACCCGUGGUGACAUCUGUUACUGCUUCUCCUUCUGUCGUCGUGUUGUGGCUUUCUAUGUAGUCGAUACAUCCUAAGGUGCAGACACAAAGUAUUUUGUUCCGGUCGCUUCCGUUGGAGAACAGACGUGAUUCCUCGGUGAAAGCCAAGAAAUUUCUAUUCACUAUUAAUUGUCGUAUCCCGCUUCACUGGCUCCUUCGAACAGGGAGACGCUUGCACCUGGCACAGAGCACUCCUUUUUACAAAAACAGUGUCGUGCUGUUCCAGUGCCCAAAACGCGCAAUAAGCAAGUGAAAGAAGUGAAUGUAUUAUGAGACAUUUGUUUUUCUUGCACUGGCUCAAAGUUUAACGGAGCUUAUUGUCAAUGUUAAAUUAUAUUCUUUCCCCGAUAUCCUCCUCUAAUCCUGCAGUUUGACAAUGUGUAGUCGUGUUUGACGUCAGCUCAUCACGAGCUGUUGCUCUCGAGUUUUUUUUUCGUGGGACCAAAAAUGAAUUGUGAUGCGAGCGGCCUCAGCCUCCUCUGCCUAUAGUAAGAAAACACAGGAAUGAAAUAACACAGCAUUUCUUAAAAAAAAAAAAGAAAAAGUAUUGACAACUGCUCUUCAUGUGGACAUGUUCUCCACAAACCUAUGCAUAGUUCGCCUCUUCACUAUGUCUAUUUAUUAUCUUUUAUUAAGUUCACGUCAACGACAGGGUGAUCAUUUUCACGUUCGCGCCAAUGUAUGGACGUUUGCAUCCAUACAGUAUGUUUACUGACUGCAUGUUUUACGGAUGAAGUAACAUAGUUGUCAGUGGAAACUGAAUAGAAGCAAAGGGCUUGAAUUUAACCAAGUAAACUAAUGAUCCUAAAGGAGGAAGAUUGUGCAACACGUUGCUCGUCUUUCCCCUCUGUACUGAGAAUGAGCAAAUUGACCUGUUUUUUUUGUUGUUGUUGUUUUUUUUAUCAUCUCAUCCAUUCCCUGCUCUACUUGUAGUCAAGUGUCGUUACUUCUUAUACUAAAUAUUUUAUGAUGUCAACGAGAGUGGUAAGACUCUUCCAGACCAGGUUCAAGUACAGCCAUAGAUUCACUGAGCCAUUAGAACAAAGCAGGAACAUCCUCCGAGGGCUUCAAUUCUUGUUGUUGUUCUUUUUAACCGAGACUUACCACGUAGUAUUUUUUAUCUUUUAUUCUUUAUUCAUUUUCGAGGAACACAUACAGGAAAAAACAAACAUAAAAAACAAAACUCUUGCGUACAAUAAAUAAGUCGUUGGCAGUAGGUUUACAUCACUGAUGUGCAAUAGGCUGAAUUCAGACGAGUUUUAAUGUUAGUUGAGAACGUGCUAUUGUAAUGAUAAUACAACAAAUAUUUGAUUUGAGUUUUUUUUUUCUAAGGAUGUAUAUAAGAUGCUAAUUGAUUUUUUACAUAAUAAAUAUAAUGAAAUUGU